AUGACCAGGAGCAGAAGUUUAGCCGCUUCACUGAGGCGAGCCACUGCAAAUUCGCUGUCAGGCGCUGGAUCGGCUCGUUACCAAAGAGGUUUCCAUACUACACCAUGGGCACAGACGGAUGGAGUUUUUCCUGGUCUCACGGACACGAGGCUCCGCAUCCCUUGGAUUGAGGCCUUGCGAAUUCAGCAGGGGCACAAAGAUGCUCAGGCGCCAGAGAAGCCAAAGGAACGUGACCUUACUCCAAAGAAGAUGAGUGAUAGUUAUCACCGCGUCGUGCUCCCAUUGGGACAAGAUCCUUGGCUAUCCGACACUUACAUCAAUUCUUCUGGCCACAUAAGACUCGGCACAUUGUUCAUGGACUUGGAUGCCCUCUCCGGCAUCAUUGUCUACAAGCAUACCGGCCCUGGAGUCACGACAGUGACAGCCGCUUUGGAUCGAAUCACCAUUGCACACCCUCUCACAGAAAUCUGUGAUCUCGAAUACAGUGGUCAGGUUACAUAUGCUUCUGGGCGGAGCAGUGUGGAGAUUACAUGCAAGGUCGCCAAGGCUAGGGCUGAGGGUGAGCCAAGCAAGCCCGAGGACGUCCUGCUUACCUGCACAUUCACCAUGGUGGCGCUAGAUCCCGAGACUAGGAAGCCUGUCAACCUGCCUAAACUUGAAUACACUACGCCAGAAGAAGAGAAAAUAUUCAAGGCGGGAGAGGCAAAGUCGUUGUUGAAGAAGGAGGCUUUCAAGGCUUCACUCCUCCAGUCGGAGCCCAAUGACCCUGAGUCAGCCCUGAUUCAUAACAUCUGGCUCCGGCAACUCGCAUAUCACGACCCCAACAACCGCCUUCGUCAGCCGAAAAACGUCGUUGCCAUGGCCAAGACCCAACUAUCAACAGCGGCCAUCAUGCAACCUCAAUACCGCAACCGACAUCAGACCAUGAUCUUUGGUGGAUUCCAUCUGAAGCAGACCUUCGAGCUGGCUUUCUGCUGCGCCGCCAGUUUCGCUCAUGCGCGACCAACCUUUAUCAGUGCUGAUCCUUGCACAUUUCGCAACCCUGUCCCUGUUGGGAGCGUCUUGUACCUGACUGCUACGGUUGCAUAUACUGAUCCUCCGCUGCUGGAAGAGGACGGUACGGAGCCUGAGCAACAAGACCCUGACAGGCCCAUGACGCGAGUCCAUGUCCGAGUCGACAGCAAGGUUAGGGAUGUUGAGCACGGAGUUGCAAAGUCGACGGGUCAGUUCAACUAUACCUUUUCUGUGCCCAAGGACCUCAAGGUUCUGCCACACACGUAUGAAGAGUACAUGAUCUAUAUUGAUGCUCGGAGACGAGUUAUGGAGAGUGACCGUCAUCGCAAGACAGAGUCGAUUCCCCGGCUUGGCCAGGCGAGCAACGACACUCAAGACGUCAACCUGAUGGGUUAG